CGUCUGCACAGUGCGCGUGGAGAGGACAGCAAAGGGUUACCAGCGCUUUUCUCUCACGGACAACCCCGAAGCCUGCGGUGUAGAGCUGCUCUCCUCUCCUCUAUCGCUCCGUCCUGCCUUCCUUCACAGGCUGCUCCUGCGCUCCCAGCCCGAGGAGGAGGAGGAGGAGGUGGAGGACUCCACCUGGCAGGCGAACACCUUCACGGCAUGGAUGCGUUAAAAUCCGCCGGCAGGGCCAUCAUCAAAAGUCCGGGAGUUCCGCGGCACACAUGGGGAACCUCCAAGCACGAAAAGCUUCCAGAGAACUGGACGGACACUAAGGAAACCCUUCUAGAGGGGAUGGUGUUUAAUGUGAAGUACCUGGGCAUGACGCUGGUGGGCCAGCCUAAAGGAGAAGACAUGGCGGCUGCUGCUAUCAGGAGGAUUGUCACUACGGCUCGUGCCAGUGCAAAGAAGUUUCGGAAGGUGACCCUCACUGUCUCUCCUAAAGGCAUCAUCAUUACAGACACAGAAACCAGCGACCUCAUCGAGAAUGUGUCUAUUUACAGAAUAUCCUACUGCACAGCUGAUAAAACUCAGGAUAAGGUGUUUGCCUACAUCUCCCAGAGUCAGUUCAAUGAAACCCUGGAGUGCCACGCCUUCCUCUGCCAAAAGAAGAAAAUUGCCCAGGCAGUCACCCUGACAGUGGCACAGGCGUUUAAGGUGGCUCUGGACCUCUGGGAGAUUGCCCAAGAAGACAAAAGUAAGAAGGCUCACACAUGUUCAGGCAGUGACCCUCAAGUGGAACACAAACCUCACUGUGACUCAGAGGCUGAGAAAGCCCAGGCUCUGAUGGAACACAAGUUGAGGAAGCCCUGCCUCUCCACUUCCAUCCAUUCACCAUCUCCACGCAAUAAUCCUGCCCGGAGACGGCCCAUCAAACACGACUCCUGGGAUGUGGAAGAUGGCCUUGAUGAUGCAUUUUCAAGCAAUAUGGAGGUGGAGGAGAUGGACACAGGUAAGUGAGACUGGCGGAGUCCCACUCCAGAACGGUGUCUGAGGAUGCAGCUGUAAGCCCACUGGAAGAGGACAUUGUUUCUUUCAGCAGUGAAGAGUCCGCAUAAACACACAUACACACACUCUUGCACAGACACUCCAGCCUGUCAAGAACCCUCAUCCAACACUACAAUACUCAGCACUUCACUCGAAGUACAAAGUAUUCUUCAAACGCCGACACACUUCUGGAGGGCAGAGAAGAACACUGCCCUUUAUCUCUGACUUGAAAGGUGUAGAAGAUGCAUCAUUCAUGAUAAACAAAAAAGUACCAAACAAGUGGCAGCAACAAAAGAGCCCCUUACAUGUCUUCUUUUUUUCUUCCUGCAGUCAAAGCCUAGCCAUCUAACUGGGUUCUCCCAUCUCAAGCCUAGAUCUGUUCUACAUCUCUCGACAUCAAAGUUCUUUUUUGGCUCUUACAUUUCCAAUAAUCUCUUAAGACCCUGGGGCUGGUGUUGUACUGCUAAAUGUCCUUUUUGAUAAGCCCAUAUUGAUUCAGAAGAAAAUUGCACAGGUCUUAUCAAAACACAAUGAUUUUUUUUGGUGGUCAAGUAAAACUGGACCAUAUUUGCAGGUCUGUAUGCAGUUGUAUUUAUAUAAACCCUUGAAUUCUGUGAAGUUUACAAAUUUCUGCAUUUCUAACCACUUUUAUAGUUUGUCAUAAUGUGAUUAGUUUCCAAAAAACACUGCAACACUGCAUUUGUCACUGUCCAAAAAAAAACAAGCAUCUCCAAAAUGUUCAGUGCUUCCAGUGCAAGUUAAUGUAAAGAGAUUUUAUUCCAAGGACUUCUGUUGGUCAAUUCAUUAUUAUAAUGUGCUCAAAUAAAGAUUGACAGAAAGGGAGACUUGUGUUUUUUUGGACAGCAGUUAUACAAAACCUUUGUUUGAUGAUUAUUCACCAAGUUUACUAGCAGAACCAAUUGUUCUUAUUCGAAAACAGUAAUAGAAUACAGUCAGAGAUGCCAUAGUGCUCAAAUGGCUGUAGAAUGCUCCUCGCAACCGUAAAUACUGAACAAUAGCACCAGCCUUAGUGAUGAGGUUAAUAACACUGUGUGAAGAGUUCUGCCAGUUUCCCAUCUCUGGAAUUCAAACCUCAUGGUUGUGACACAGACUUACUUAUCAGGCUAACAGGGUAACUGCACAAUGUCGCAGGGGAAAGGCACAGAAGACACAAAGGUUGCUCCUUUGGCAGUAAAGCAAUGGCAAAGUCUCAGGUGUGGCAGGCCAGAGUCAUUCCUGUAGAAAAUGUUAAGAAAGGACUUGUCAUGUCCACUUGUCAUGUAUGUGUGUUCAUAACUGUUAUUUGUAAAUUGUUUGUAUGUGUAAUUACGAUGAAUAGCAGCAGGGUUUUAUAGUACUAGUUUGUUCAUUUAUAUUUGCAAUGUCUGCUUUCCCUGAAGCUGAGCCCUAUAUACAUUUUUGCAAAAUCUGAUUGCUUGCUUUGCUGAGGUUGGAACUUGUACAAUAUAAGCACUCUCCAUUGCAAUAAGUCUAUGUUUUAGCAGUUUUUCAGAAUAGGGAUCCAUGAAUCCCAUCUUUUCUCUCCUGAUAGUGAUUCUGAUAUCUGAACAGAGGUUAACAGGGAAAAGCCUAUGACAAAGCUACUAACAAAGUAGGGCUGGCCCGAAUGAUUUGAAUACUCAAGUAUUUAUUACACUGGCAUUCGAUGCUUAACUUAACAUUCAUAUGACUCAUCUUUUUUGACUCGGUGACAAAAUGUGUAACUUAAACAAUACAUUUAAUCAGAAAAGGCCUUUAGAUUAUAACAAUAAAACCAAUACAUUAUAUUUGGCUAAUUGAAUGCAUCAUAAAUUCUCUCUCAACUCACCUCAGAAUGCAGGACACUGCAACCCUUUUAAUGUGGCCAUUGAAGCUGAAGAAGAAGAUGCCUGAGAAAUCACAUGUGGAGCACACAGCCUCCGAAUUAGCUCCAUCACAUAUCUACCUCAGGCAGGAAUAUAAGCUCUGAUUUCUCCUUCACCUUUGUAAUUAAACAGUUUUACAGCAGAUAAAGAACUUCAGCACAAAGAGCAAAUCUUGCAACAAAAUCACAGUCACUAGUUUGUGCUGUUAUCAGACAACAGAAGCCUCCACACAUAUUUAGUACAGCGCAGGAGCUGCUCUGCAAUAACUAAACCCCUAAGAUUGUUAUUUUAGAAAAUUAAAACAUACUACAUGCAAGGACAAUAACACAAAUUUAGAAUGAGUUAAAAUGUGUCAAAAUGCAAUUUGUUGUAAUGCCUGGGAGCUAGGAGGGGGAUGCGUACGCUGAGAUAAACGAGUUUUAUUUUGGGCAAAUUCAGGGCCGUGGUCAGAACAGUCCAGGUUCAAAUAGCCAACACGGAGAGAUUGAGAGUCAGACAUGACUAACAGAAACACGGAAUCCAAAUAGUACCAAAACGUCAAACUUCCAACAGUACAUACAAACAUCCUAAACAGAACGUCAAACAUACACAUCAAACAAAUCAAACAAAGACCAACACAGACCAGGGCAAACACAGGUGGGAAACAGGUGGAAACAAUCAGGGGUGGAGUCACAAAACAAGGGGGCAGGACUGUGAAAACCAAAACAAAGAAGCACGUGGACUAGACUAAAACACAACACGAACACAUGGACAAGACUGUGAGGGGCCAAUUGUGACAUGUAUAAUGUAAAAUAAGGACAAGCUGCAUUCUGAACAUUGCAGGGGUGCUAUAGCUACAUCCAAACCUGGCCAAGCAGCUAGCUUACUUUCUCUACUGUCAACAUGUUAUGUUGUUUUGACUGUUGGAAGAAUAGAAGAUUCCAUUUACAGAUGCUCAGAUUUUUCCUUUGUCACUGCUACAUAACUUGAAGGGUGCAUGUUGAGUUUUAUUUUUGUACAACAGGGCCAGGCUUUGUCAUUUGUGCUUACAUCUUUGUACUCUGGCCAUAGACUCAAUAUGUUAAAAUGAGUAUUCAAAUACUGGUUUGGAAAUGCCAACGAGUAUUCGACGUCUGUUAAUUGUGUUCAGGCCAGCCCUAUUACUGGGUAAUUACUGGGUUACUAAUUUAAGAUGACCAUAAGUGUUAAACUGUAUCUCUACCUGUUUAAAAAAGUCAGUGGCCGAUACUGAUACUGACCCAGUAUGUCGGAUCGGUGCAUCCCUGUUUUGAAAAUGAGCAGGUGUCAGUGUGCAGCUUUAAGAUGAUUACUCUGAUAUGUGCACAGGUUGACAUGCUUUCCCGUAGAUGAAGGGCAUUCUUUUCAAUUUCCACAAAGCAAUAGUUGCGAAAUCCAUCUGCUGGCCACACAGUGAAAGCUCUUCAUUUCUCCCUGUCUCUCUGUCCUCUCUUUCUGUCCAAGGUCAAUCCAGAAUGAAAAAAUCAAUAUAUUCAAAUUUCUUCAUUCUCUUCUGUGGGUGCAAAGGUUCAUGCAGGAGGUUCCAAGCCUCGCUUACUUCUUCUUUUUUGCAAUAUGUUGAUAGAUCUAGAUGUGAGUCCUACUUGAAGCUUGUAUGAAAGACCAAAAGUCUUUUUUCUUUUAUUGUAUUGGUUUUAAAUUGUCAUUUGAAUCUUGUUUUUUUACAUCUAAAUUCCUGUUUAUACUUGUCCUCCUUUGGAUUAAUUAUGUUGAAUAUGCUCUUAAUGUCUCUAAUGUUAUUUGUUUUUUAUUGUCAGCUAUGUUUAAUCAUUAAUAUUAAGAGAUUGGUUUUCUACCAGCUGGUCAAAGAUAUACAUCAUGUCAGAGAACCAUUACACAAGUAAUAAAUGUUUAUAUAUAUGUAUACAGAAUAUAAAGUAAGUAAUUUGUGACAAAAGCUCUUUGCUUGUAGAAACUGGAAUGAUUCCUACUCAUUUCUUAUCUUAUUGAUGUGUUUUCAUUUUCCUAUAAGAUAUUGUGGAACAUUGCUAAGGAUGGUGCUUAUUUUAAAAUAUCUAUGCAAAGUUUAAAUUUCUACAAAUGUAAUAAUGAUUGCUCAACCAUCAGCAAUCUAUUGUAUAGGGAGUUUAAUCUGGUGUACAGUAAGAAAACAAUAAAUGAAACCACUGACAUUUCAUGGGAAAAAAAAAGUUUUUCAACAAGACGUUCUUACAGCAACUCAAAGAGAAAGCCAAGCUGCAAUUUUCAGUCACGUGAAAAACAGCCAGGACUCAUACUUCUUGUUUUUUGUUGUGAGCUCUUGAACAUGCUCCCAGAUGGCUGCAGUGAUAAUUGGUGGGAAGAUUUAUAGCCGUGUCAGGCAGUAUGAUCACUGUUGACGCAUUUUGGUCACCUACAGCGCCCCUCUGAGUCGGAAUGCUAAAUCGAUUCAACAGGGAAUUCUCCCACUGUGCAAGCCUCUUCUGGUAGUUACAGCACUUUUCAUUUGAUUACAGCUCAGUUGGGAGAACAUGCCCUUAGUGUUUUGUGGCUAGAGUUCUUGAUGACAAGAUUUGGCUGGAAAGUGUAUUCGCCUUUUUAAUGAAUUCCCACAGCAUGUUUUUUUCUAUUAUGUGAAGACAAAACGAGUAUAAAACACAAAUGGCCAUUAUUAAUUGACUAUGGUUGUGACAGUGAUCACCUCAUUAAUGGAAUGGAGUUAAUUCUCAGUGGUCUGUCUAUUUCUGCACUUCUAGCUUUGGCUGGGUUUUUAACUAUUCAUCACAUCAGUGCCAUGUAAUAAUUUUGAUUCUAUAUCCAAAACUCAGUUUGAGGGGGGAUACUAUUGAAGUGGCAUAACCAGAAAAACAAAACUCUACCCCUUCUGAAAGAAUCACCCCCACCCCCAUUCUCUUAAAAAAAAGAUGGUUCUUCAAAGAUUCUUUAGUAAAGACAUAUAUAACCAAGAACACUCAAAGAG